AUGAGUAAGUUCGAUCUCCAUCCUCGCCGCGACGUAGGGUUCCGAUUCCUCCCCACCGACGAGGAGCUGGUCGUGAAUUACCUUCUCAGCAAGCUGAUCGGAGUCCCGCCCCCCUCUGACGACUACGUCAACGACUGCGACCUCUACGGCGACCUCGAGCCAUGGGAGAUCUGGCACAAGUUCCGAGGCCUCGGCUGCGAAGAAGAAGAAGAAGCCGACAACGAUCUCUACUUCGUUACGCCGUUUAAGAAGAGAACCGCGACCGGGUUGAGGAUCGACCGCAGCGUCGGAUCCAACGGCGGGACGUGGCACGGGGAGGAUUCCGGCAAGGAGGCGCAGACACCCGACGGGCUGGUUUCGUGGACUCUGAAGCGGUUCAGCUACAGGCCCAAGAAGAGCAAAGGGGAGAAGAAUGGACUUGGGCCGACGACUUCGUGGAUCAUGCAUGAGUACUGCCUGCUGGACCGGCCCAUCCCUUUUCUUGGGCUGGACUCUGCCGCCGCCACCAGGCUCGCAGUCUGCCGGAUUAGGAAGAAGCAAGAUUCUAAUUCCAAGAAGAGGAAGAACGACAAGGGACCCAAAGUGAUUUUCAUCGAUCUCGAGGACGAUGAUUACAACGGCGUCGUAGAGGUGGAAUCGUCAAUAAUUGACAACAAGCGACAGAAGGUCGAUACGACGCCGUUUCAAGCGGAGACUGAAAGUUGCUUGUCGGAAGUAAAAGAAGGCUGCGGCGGCGGAAACCCCGACGAAGGAGCAGUAGCCUCGUACGUAGCAGAGCUUGAGCGUUGCUUGUCGGAAGUAAAUGAAGAAUGCGGCGGCGGAAACGUCAAUGGAGGCGAAGGAGCAGUUGCUUCGUUUGAAGGGUGCUUGUCGGAAGUAAGAGAAGACUGCGGCGGCGACAACGGCGGCCACGAAGGAGAACUAGAAGAAGCUUUGUUCGAUGCGGAGAUUGAAGACUGCUUGGCGGAAGUAGAAGAAGAAGAAGAAGGCUGCUCCGGUGGUGACGGCGACGAAGAAGAAGACGAUGGAUCGUGGUUGGAAGCGGAGAUUGAAGGAUGCAUGUCGGAAGAAGAGCUGGCCGCCUCUACGACGUCGGAUUUCGAAGCCCUGAUUCAGCAGUACUUUUCAGCGGGCGCGGCGCCGGGAGUAGUAACGUCGUCGGCCGUCGCAGUCCCUAGCUACUGA